GGCCCAAAUUCUCAGAACGCGACCACCAUCUUCUCGCUUGGCAGAAUGACAGAACAUACCGCAUUUUCGUCAUCUGGCGAAGACAUUAUAGCAAGCACAAUUGAUGUAGCACCCGACGGUCCUUCAUAUGUUCGGUCAGAGGAAGAUUUUCUGGACUACUAUGAUAUCGAGCGAACUGUCUUGGAGAUUCAGAAGGGGGAUUACAGACGGAUAGCUUUACAGUUUCCUGAUGAAUUGUUACACGAUUCUAUGCCCAUCUUCCGAUCGCUCAAGCGCCACCUUGGUGAAGGCAAGGAACUCUACGUCUUGGCAGACACAUCAUAUGGCAGUUGUUGCGUAGACGAGGUUGCUGCUCAACAUGUGGACGCAGACGCCAUGGUUCAUUACGGACAUGCAUGUAUGAGCCAGACAUCUCGACUUCCGGUGAUCUAUGUCUUCGGGAAAAAAGAAAUAGAUACGGAUGAUUGUACGGCGAAACUACUCGCUGCAUUGAAGGAAUCUUCAACACAACGUCAGGGUAUCAUGCUACGAUUCGAUGUCGCCUAUGCUCAUCGUGCUGACAAAAUCAUGUCAAGACUUCGAAAUGCACUCGAGCCAACAACGCGUCUUCUAUACACACCCAGUCCAACAAUAUCAUCACCCACCGACCAAACAGAGAAGUCAUCCCAAAAUAUCUCAAAUGGGGCUACCCCAAAGGAAGAGACGUUGAACAGUCAAACGGAGAACGAACCAGACUUCAACACCGUCUUGUACAUUGGAGGCGAAAGUCUCACACUAACUAACCUCUUGAUGACACAUUCAUCCUGCGAAGUUUACUCGUACGAUCCCGUCUCAAAAACAACUCGCCUGGAAUCAACACGCGUCAACAAGCUCCUGAUGCGACGAUACGCGACGGUCCAAAAAGCGAGAGACGCAGACGUAUUCGGUAUCCUAGUGGGAACUUUGGGUGUAGCAUCAUAUCUGCCUCUAAUAUCGCACCUCCGUUCCGUUCUCACCAAAGCACAUAAGAAGAGUUACACCAUCAGUGUCGGAAAACUCAAUCCAGCGAAGCUAGCAAAUUUCUUGGAGAUCGAGUGUUUUGUUCUAGUAGCUUGCCCGGAAAACAGUGUGAUCGAAGCGAAGGAGUUCCUAAGACCAAUCGUUACUCCCUAUGAAUUGGACAUCGCACUCCAAUCUGAGCCUACUUGGACUGGAGAAUACAUCUUGGACUUCAAGAAGAUCCUAGAGUCCGAACCAAAAUCCUUGCCAGAGGGGGAAAAUGAGGAAGAGCCAGAAGAUCUCGACCAACCUGUGUUCUCACUGGUCACUGGAAAAUAUCGCCAUGCAAAGCGUUAUGGAACAGCCCAGGCGACUGCAGAGCACGACCAAAAAGAAUCAUCUUCUGCCAUUGUCUUGCGAAAUCAAGAUAAUGCAGUCACUGUGAUGCCGGAUAGUGCAGCAGGUCAAUUCCUGCAGAACCGGACGUUCCGAGGUCUCGAAACCAGGAUCGGAGAAGACGCCCCCAGCGUCCUCGAGCAAGGUCGAAGUGGAAUAGCGAGAGGGUACCGGGACGAUCACCAGUCGUAGACACGCCUCAAGCGUACAUCUGAACACUAGGGCGCGAGCCCCCAAAGCGUCUGCAAUGUAGCCAUAUAAAAGAAAGUCCGUUAUCUCUAUCCAUAUAAGCAUAAGUAUAAAGUGCAGUGGUAUGUAAUGCAAGGGGAUGUGGCAUAGUGAUGUGAGAGCAUAGGAUACGACCAUUAUUUCUGAACCUACACUAUCAGGUACUUGUACACUCUUCGAAAACGUCUUAACUUUCAUCCAAUUAUCACUAAUAAUGUC